GGAUGUGGGGUGAGGAGUGUUCUUUGAGAUUUCAUGAGGCGGUUUGGUGCUCAUUCAGAGCAUUUUGAGAAUAUACCCUUUCUACUUUGAAUACAAUACUCAAUUGAUUUGUAGAGUUUAGUCUUGUCAUUGCACAGUGAAUUCAUACGGGUAGGCGCUAGGCCUAGGCCAACCAAGUUUUACAGUGUAGCAGGCCAAGGCUGCUCUAGUACUCGUAGCUGGAAACUCGGUCUGAUUAGGGCUAGCUGUUCCAGCCCAGUGAGGCCUACCACCCAUAGGCAGGGAAGGUGCAUAUGCGUGGAUAAGUAUAUGUAGGCCUAGCUUACUGGUUUUGCUACUCAUUUAUUUAACGAAAUUGAACGAAUUAUGGGCAUUGUUGUCAAUGGUUUUGAAAAGAAAAGGUGUGUAUACACCGUCACCAUAGUAACACAGGAGAAGCACAGAUUACUAUACAUACUGUGCUUGAAGGUUAACAAAUUGUGAAUUUGAACCUGUCAGCAACAUGGCUGAUGAUACUGUAGUCAAAACAGAGGAAGAUCAUGUAGUUGAGAACCCAAAAGAUGACCCUUUAAUGGAAGUACUUCCCGUAAACAUUGAAAACAAAGCAGAUGAUUCUGUAAUUUCUUUUGUUAAAGAUAAUAAAACAAUUAGUGAGGGACCAUUUAUCAUAUCAGAUGAUAAUGUUUUGAGGAGUGGAGAUGAUUCAGCAAAUUUUGAAGCAGAGGAUGUUGUGAACCCUGAGGCUGACGAUACACAGAUGAAAAGUGAUGUGAAAAUUCAUGUGGAAGGGAAUGUAGAAAAAAAGACUAUUUCCAGUGAAAGGCAUAUAGAGGAGGAAAAUAUAUCAAUCACCAUGGAUACUGAAGAUGUGCCACCUGUAGACUCCAGUUUAUUAGCUCAACAAAGAACAGUUUUAGUGGAAGAGAAUGAAAAAGAAAAGAUCAGUUCCAGCAAAGCAUGCAAUAAUGAAGGGACAUGGGUCACCAUGGAUACAGAAGAUGUUCAAAAUGUAGACACCAGGGUUUAUAAUCCUGAUUGGUCAAAGGCUCCCUACCAACUAAUAAGUACCACAUCAGAAUUUGAAAAUAAAAAGGAAAACUUUCUAAAAGGUUGUAAAUGGGCUCCUGAUGGAUCAUGUAUUCUCACAAACAGCGAUGAUAAUAUACUCAGACUUUUCAAUCUACCUUCGGAAUUAUGGGAGGAAAAUAGAGAAGGUGACUUACCUGAGUGGAGGUCUGUUUUACAGAUGUCGGAAGGAGAGUUGAUUUAUGAUUACUGUUGGUACCCAGGAAUGAGCUCAGCUGAGCCAUCUACUGCAUGUUUGGUGUCAACUUCAAGAGACCAUCCAAUCCACAUGUGGGAUGCUUUCACAGAGGAGCUAAGAUGCACUUACAGAGCCUACAAUCAUCUUGAUGAGGUUACAAGUGCCUUCUCUGUAGCCUUUAGUCCUGAUGGUUCAAAACUAUAUACUGGCUUUAAAAAGAUGGUCCGAGUGUUUAAUACGGACAGGCCCGGGAGAGAUUUUGAGGCAAGACCAACACUCGUAAAGGGGAUCGGCCAGUCUGGAAUCAUUUCUUGUUUUGCGAUGGACGCGAGUGGUAAUCUUUAUGCAGCCGGUUCAUAUUCAAAGUCAAUUGGUAUUUACUGCGAAUCAUCUGGGACACAGUAUUGUGUACUAGAAGGCCAUGCUGGGGGUGUGACACAGCUUAUGUUCUCACCAGAUGGUACGAAGGUGUACAGUGGAGCAAGAGUGGACCCAGAAAUUCUCUGUUGGGAUGUUCGUAAACCUGGAGUGAUUUUAUGCCGAAUGCAGCGCGAGGUUACCACUAACCAAAGAAUGUACUUUGACCUUGAUAGUACUGGCCAGUUCCUGAUCUCCGGCAACCAGUCAGGACAUGUGACUGUUUGGGACACAACUUCUGCUCCGACAUCACCUAGUAUGUAUGAAGAACCAACUAUUCAACCUCUGACUUCAUUCAUCUCACACAGUGAUGCAGCAAAUGGCAUCAGUUACCAUCCCAGUAUGCCAAUGAUAGCAACUGCUUCAGGUCAAAGGAAGUUCCUGACCCCUAUGUUGGAUGCGGAUGAACAAGACGAAGACCUUGUGUCCGAUAAUACAUCUGAAAACUGUUUACGUCUGUGGUCUUUGUGUUGAGUAAUUUGUAUAUUUUAUUUUAAAUCUUUGAAAAUACCCCAAAUAAAUAUUACUAAAAAAG